CCUCAUCACUAUGCUCCAGACCCCAAACCCCUGCCUCCUCCCAUUCAGCCCCAUGGACUCGGGUCCUAAGGAUCGUGCUUCAUUACCUCUGCGCCGCGGGGCCGAACCUCAGCUGGAAAACAGCUCCCAGCUGGAAGCGUUUGCCUCCGGACCGCGUUCGGAGCCCGCAGCUGCAGCGGGGCUCUCCCUCCCUCCCGGCACAAAGGGUCCUGGAUCCCAGGGGUUCAUCCUUAGCAUCCCAGAACCCCAUUCCCGGAGCUUGGCACAGGCUCGGCUCUCCCCUGUGUUCAGAUAGGCUCCUGGCUCUGCUUGCGAAGGGAAAGGAUCCCACAACCUUCCAAAGCCAGGGGGAAGCCGGAGGUGCGUUGGAAAACGGGAGAUCCUGGGACUUGUUAUUUUUAACAACCCCAUCGUUUUGGGCCUGACUCACGGGUUUUGAAUGCUGGGGACGGGCAGCAGAGGGGAGAAGCAGGCUUGCUGAGCGCAGGCAGCAGGGCCGUGGUCCUGCCCCCAGCCCCGCACAGCCCCCAGCAUGGCGCAGGAUGCGGCCCCCGUCCUGCUGGUUGUCCUGGCCAGGCUGGUGUCAUCCACGUGGCAUGAAGGGUCUGGUUACUACCCCUCCGAGAGCCACACCAACGAGGUGUACACAGAGGACGUGCCCCCAGAGCCUGCCCUGGACUACCACCGAGUGCCGCAGUGGUGCGCCCCGCUCAGCAUCCACCGCGGCGAUGCCGCCUGCUUCUCUCCCCGCGGCGGCUCCUACCGCAGCAGCCUGGGUACCCGCUGCGAGCUGAGCUGUGCCCGCGGGUACCGGCUGGUGGGGCCCAGCGCCGUGCAGUGCCUGCCCAGCCGCCACUGGUCCGGGAUGGCGUACUGCCGACAGAUCCGGUGCCAUGUGCUGCCCGCGGUGCUGCGCGGCUCCUACGUGUGCUCGGCCGGGGUGCAGAUGGAUUCCCGCUGUGACUACUCCUGCCUGCCCGGGUAUCAGCUGGAGGGGGACCGGAGCCGGGUCUGCAUGGAGGACGGGCGCUGGAGCGGCAGCGAGCCGGUCUGUGUAGACAUGGAGCCUCCCAAGAUCCGCUGUCCGGAUUCCCGGGAGCGCAUAGCCGAGCCUGGCAAGCUGACUGCCACCGUCUACUGGGACCCCCCCCGUGUGAAGGACUCUGCGGAUGGCAUCAUCAAGAGGGUGAUGCUGCGGGGCCCAGAGCCCGGCUCGGAAUUCCCUGAAGGAGAGCACAUCAUCCGUUACACGGCCCAUGACCAGGCCUACAACAGAGCCAGCUGCAAGUUCAGCAUCCGUGUCCAAGUGAGGCGCUGCCCUGUGCUGAAGCCCCCGCAGAACGGGCACCUCUCCUGCACCUCCGACGGCAACAACUAUGGGGCUACCUGCGAGUACCAGUGCGAGGGGGGCUACGAGCGCAUGGGGAGCUCCCUGCGGGUCUGCCAGUCCACACAGCAGUGGACGGGCUCCCAGCCCAUCUGUGCACCCAUGCAGAUCAACACGGAUGUGAGCUCGGCCGCCAGCCUGCUGGACCAGUUCCAUGAGAAGCGCCGUCUCCUCAUCAUCUCAGCCCCCGACCCCUCCAACCGCUACUACAAGAUGCAGAUGUCCAUGCUGCAGCAAACUGCCUGCGGGCUGGACCUACGUCACAUCACCACUGUGGAGCUGGUGGGGCAGCCGCCGCACGAGGUGGGACGCAUCCGGGAGCACCGGCUCUCCCCUGGCAUCAUCGAGGAGCUCAGGCAGUUCCUGCGCCUCACCCGCUCCCACUUCAACGCGGUGCUGCUGGACAAGGGGGGCAUGGACCGGGAGCGCUACAUCCGCCCCGUGAACCCCGAUGAGCUCUUUGUGUUCAUCGACACGUACCUGCUGAGCGAGAGGGAGGCGGCGCGGCGGGCGCAGAGCGGGGACCCCUGCGAGUGAGGCAGCGAUGGGACCCCUCGGACACCUCCCUCCCUGCUU